AGUCUACAACUAUGAGCCGCUCACUCAGCUAAAGAAUAUCCGGGCCAAUUGCUACGGGAAAUACAUUGCGGUGCGUGGCACUGUUGUGCGUGUCAGUAACAUCAAGCCUUUCUGCACCAAGAUGGCAUUUAUAUGCAGCACCUGUGGAAAUAUUCAGAGUGUCUCUCUGCCCGAUGGAAAAUAUACACCCCCUACAAAGUGUCCUUUGCCUGAAUGCCAUGGACGAUCAUUCACUGCAGAGAGAAGUUCUCCUUAUACCAUUACCGUGGACUGGCAGUCUAUUAAGAUUCAGGAGCUCAUGUCAGAUGAUCACCGAGAAGCCGGUAGAAUUCCUCGCACCAUCGAAUGUGAGCUGAUUCAGGAUCUUGUCGACAGCUGUGUUCCAGGAGAUGUGAUUACUGUCUCAGGAACUGUCAAGGUCUCCAACACUGAGGAAGGGGCAUCUAAAAACAAAAGUGAUAAAUGUGUCUUCCUGUUGUACAUCGAAGCAAACUCGAUCAGCAAUAAUAAAGGACAGAAAGUCAAGGAUUACGAACACGGGACUAACCAUCGGCCGUGCAUGGAGUUCUCGCUGAGAGAUCUCUACGCUGUCCAGGAGAUCCAGGCUGAAGAGAACCUGCUCAGACUCAUUGUGAACUCCCUUUGCCCUACUAUCUACGGUCAUGAGAUAGUGAAAGCUGGUUUAGCGCUGGCCUUAUUUGGAGGAUGCCAAAAAUACGUGGACGAUAAAAACAGGAUUCCUGUUCGAGGAGACCCCCAUAUCUUGGUUGUUGGAGAUCCGGGAUUGGGGAAGAGUCAGAUGCUGCAGGCCGUGUGCAGCGUCGCUCCUCGUGGAGUGUAUGUUUGUGGCAAUGCCACCACGACAUCUGGCCUGACUGUCACUCUGUCUAGAGAUGGUCCCUCUGGAGAUUUUGCUUUGGAAGCCGGUGCCCUUGUACUGGGAGAUCAAGGGAUCUGUGGAAUAGAUGAGUUUGAUAAGAUGGGCAACCAGCACCAAGCCUUGCUGGAAGCUAUGGAACAGCAAAGCAUCAGUCUUGCAAAGGCUGGCAUCGUUUGCAGCUUGCCCGCUCGGACGUCAAUCAUAGCAGCAGCCAAUCCCGUUGGAGGUCACUAUAACAAGGCCAAGACAGUAUCAGAGAAUCUGAAAAUGGGAAGUGCGUUAUUGUCCCGGUUUGAUUUGGUGUUCAUCUUGCUGGAUAUACCAAAUGAAGACCACGACCACUUACUCUCUGAACACGUCAUGGCAAUGCGUGCUGGGAAACAGGCCGGGCGUAGCAGUGCUACAGUGACGCGUGGAAGCUCGCAAGAUUCGCAUGUGUCAGUCCUUGAAGCCAUUUCAGAUAAGCCGUUAUCAGAAAGGUUAAAGGUCACUCCUGGAGAAAGUUUUGACCCAAUUCCACACCAACUGUUAAGGAAAUACGUGGGUUACGCUCGGCAGUAUGUACAUCCCAGACUAUCUCCAGAAGCUGCUCAGGUCCUCCAAGAUUUCUACCUUGAGCUCCGGCGGCAAAGCCAAAGGGCAGACGGUACGCCUAUCACCACAAGGCAGCUCGAGUCCCUGAUACGUCUUACAGAGGCCCGAUCAAGGUUGGAAUUAAGGGAAAAAGCCACCAAAGAAGAUGCUGACGAUGUCAUAGAAAUAAUGAAAUACAGCAUGUUAGGAACUUACUCUGAUGAGUUUGGGAGGUUGGAUUUUGAACGUUCUCAGCAUGGCUCUGGUAUGAGCAACAGGUCACAAGCAAAGAGAUUUGUUUCUGCCCUCCACCGAAUUGCAGAAAGAACCUACAACAAUGUCUUUGAGUUUCAGCAGCUACGGCAAAUUGCGAAGGAGGCAAACAUAAAGGUAGCUGAUUUUGAAAAUUUUAUUGGAUCUUUAAACGAUCAGGGUUAUUUCUUGAAAAAAGGUCCAAGAUUAUAUCAGCUUCAGACUAUGUGAAGGAACGUAUCCAGCAGAACACUGUAUUGCGGUAAGGAUGAUUACAGGCAAUCAAAGUUACCGUCUUGGCUGAAGUUCAAGAUAAUUUUACAGAUUGUUACUUCCAGGAACACUGUGUGUAUCCUGAGUUGCACAAUUGUACACAGUGAGUACAGAGACUACUAAAGUGCAGUUUUUGCAGGGGGCUGGAAGGCUAUGUCAACUCAUACAACUCCUUCUUUCUCUUGUGUGGAUUUUCUCUAUUUUCCAGUUCUAGUGUUAACAGUAAUUCGCUGUCUUGGAUAAAGGAUGGCUAACAUUAAACACAAAAUGGACAAGGAAGCCACAUGUGAGUGGGGGAGGAGAGAGCACAGAAACCCAUGGCUUG